AUGUCUCUCCUUUUCAAACGAUUUGACAUCAACCAUCAAGCAACAUCGGCGCCCAACUUUGGUUUUUCAAAAGCUCUAAACGGAUUCCUAAUGAUGAUGACACAAAACGGCAAACUUCUGUACAUAUCGGACAACGCAGCGGAAUACUUGGGACAUUCAAUGGUGAGUCAACUAUGUCAUAAUUGUAUCUUACUACCGAGUGGUCCCAUAUACUGA